AUGGCUCUCAUCACCAAUUUCACCAUCCUGCUGGUCCUGGCUUGCAUCUCCCAUCAGCUGAUGUUGAGCAGCUGUCAGAAGAGCCAGGGAAAGAGGGGAAGAGUAGACAGAGGACAAGACAGGAGCAAGGGGAUAAAAGUGAGCCGCCAAUCUAAAUCGGUCACCCCACAGCCCAUAAAGGGGAAAAUGGUCACCAAAGACAAAUCAGAUUGUACCUGGGCUGCAACAGGUGAGGAUCUCUUCACCCUCAGUGUCACCUGCAAGAAGGGAGACAGGAGUUUCAGCUGUGAGUAUGUUGCCAGACCGGCUGUCUGUCCCGAGUACGUUUCCAAUGUCAGACUUUACUGGAAGCAAAUUGCCAGGGCGCUGAAGAAGCAAAAGAAUUUGUGCCAGGACAGUAAAGCGAUGAUCAGAGCAGGAAUGUGCAGAAGAGCUGCCAGUGAUGCAAAUUUCAGACUCCAUAAUGCAGCGAAGAUCCCGGCCCCGCCUUCCGCCCCACGGCCCGCGUCCACAGGUGUCAAAUCCUGUCUACCUGAUAACAAGAAACUGGCAUACGAGUACUGCAAGGACUCCUGGUCGAGUUUUUGCACAUUCUUUUUUACUAUGGUGCAGGAUGGAGACUGCUGA